AUCUGCCUCAGCAGCACAGAUCAGUCCAGCCCCUCUCUCACUCUCUGUCUCUCUCUCUCUCUCGCUCUCUCUCUCAUAAGAGCAGCGCAUGCACAUACACUCGCGCACACACCCACCUACCACGCAGAGACACAACCUCAGGCACGCUCACACACACGCAGACACACACGCAGGCACAGAAGGGCACACCGAGCAACCUCAUCUACCAGCUCCAAGACACAGCCAGAGCCAGCUAAAAGACACAGCCCUGUAACAGCAGACCAGCAUGGAUUACCUGAAGAAGGGAUUCUCCAUGGCCAAGGAAGGCGCGGUGGCUGCAGCCGAGAAGACCAAGGCAGGGGUGGAGGGGGCAGCUGCCAAAACCAAGGAGGGGGUAAUGUAUGUGGGGAACAAGACAAAGGACGGAAUGGUAGCAGGUGUGAACACAGUGGCCCAGAGAACAACUGACCAAGCCAAUAUUGUCGGGGACGCAACGGUCGCCGGAGCCAAUGAGCUGUCUCAGCAAACAGUGGAAGGGAUGGAGAACGCAGCGGUGAACUCCGGAUUGGUGAACCAGAGUGACUUCUCUCAGGGAGCUGAGCAGGCAGGACAGUAGGAGUGUUGGUUCUGACAUCAGUGAUCUGCAGCAGCCUCCCUCAUCCUCUCUUCCGGGAGAGAAAUACCGUGUUAGAUGCUGCUCGUCCCGCGUCUCCCAUUGCCAACUCUUGUUUCUGGGGAGGACAACCAACCCCGGUGUGCCCCCCCCUCUGAUGCUUUCUUUGUGUGACUCGAUGGAAACUAAACAUUCUGAAAGAUCCUCCCCAUCCCACAACAUCCCUCACCAUACAAGCUACACAUUCCUGCCCCGUAUACCUUUACCGUCCAUGUCCCUCAACCCUGACUAUUACCCACCUUACCACUGUGACCCCCCCAUUCCCUUUGCCCACCACUCCAGGUCAUCCUACACGAUACCACACAUACACAUACACAAACAUACAGUUCACACAUGCAUACACACCAGGACAUUGAGAAAGACUUCGCAGAACAAUACUUUUAGUCCUCUCCGAGAGGGUUGGCAAUGUGAGACUUCCUGGUAGUGUGCACUCUGUCAGAUAAUGUAACACCGGUACUUAUACAGUAGAUGUACUUAUGUCAGUGUAUGCGUUGGUCAGGUUUGUUGAUGAAGAUGUGUUUUGAAGUGAGUUAAUUUAACCCCUUGUGUCUUAAUGCCUGACGCCCCAUCAUCCUUAUUGUGACAGAACAGAGGGUGACACUUUAUUUAGAUAGCCCGGAUUUUCCAUCUGUAGACGCUCUACAGAUGGCCAUGCGAUCAGCAAACUAUCUUGCUAAGGUUACUGCUAGGGUUUGGUUUAGAAAACGGGUUAGGGUCAGUAGAUAGUUAGUUGAAAUGUUACUGAUAGUCUAUAGAUGGUCCAUCUGUCGAUACUCUACAGACUAUCCAAAUAAAGCGUUGCCAAACAGGGUUCAGGGUCAGAGUGAAGGUGAAGUUAUGGAUUAACAGCUCCCCCAUCACAUGACCCAGGCCGUCUCGCACCUGCAAUGGGGCUGCAGUACAGACAGGCUACUCUGUAUCUCAUUAACAGAUACUGUCUGUGGUGUUUCCUGCUGUCUCUCUGCCCCGAACCCUGGGUCUGCUAUAUAGAGAAAUCAGAGAGAAAGGUGACGUUAGGAGUUUGCAACAGCCUUUAUCUUGUGUUUGACCAGUUGCAAUGAAAAAAUGAUAUGUAUGUAGGUGAUCAGACUAAAGAUAUAGUAUAAUGGCCCCACUUCCAGAUUCAGUAUGUAUGUGAUCAGACUAAAGAUAUAGUAUAAUGGCCCCACUUCCAGAUUCAGUAUGUAUGUGAUCAGACUAAAGAUAUAGUAUAAUGGCCCCACUUCCAGAUUCAGUAUGUAUGUGAUCAGACUAAAGAUAUAGUAUAAUGGUCCCACUUCCAGAUUCAGUAUGUACCUCAGAAGUAGGAUACGAGUAGUCGACAGGAGGUCAAAUACCUUGACAUCCCAUCUGGUCUUCGAGGAAUACAAUUUCUACACCCCCUCAUCAUGCUUUCACUCUGAUCCUUCAUUCAAGCGACGCCCUACGGUCACUCAACAGUGUACCCUGCCCCCUCCCCUGUCUGUCUGCUUUCGGUGACUUGAACAGCUCUUUUAAACCAUCACGGUGUUUGUCCUUUGAAGCCGUCUCAAACGAGACUGCGUGUUGCCUUACUAAAAUCCAGACACAUAGACUCAGACACACAUUCAUUGGUACUAAAAACACAACCUCACACAAAUUCAAAUUCACCUAUUACACACACGUAUCCAAGAAUUAGAGGUUACAUACACACUGACACACACAUUCAUCCAAAAAUACAAAAUAUAUAUGUUGGCAUCAAAGCAGACUGCUUCUUUUAUAAACAGUACAACUGAACUGAAAUAAAUACAAUUUUAUUUAAAUCCAAAAUGA